CUUUCGAUGAGUUCUUUGGCUGCUUUUCUGUCUUAUUAGUACAACACACGGUGUGUGUUUGCCGCGUAGGAAGAGAACAAAGAACCAAUUUUACCUUUAAUUUGUAAAUAUAUUUGGGCUGUAAAUAUAUUCAUCAUCAAAACAAAAACAAUCCACCAAAAGAACGUCUUUGACAAAUUGUCAAAAAUCGAAAAACUGUUUAUCCUUUGUGUUUGUGUGUCCGUGUCUGUUACUCAUUUGACCAUAUUUUUUUCGUGUGAAAUUUGUAUCUCUGUGUGUUUGUGUGUGCUCAUUGGAUUUUUCUUUUUAAAUCACAUCUUCAAAAAAAACAACGAAUGAUGACCACAUUAGUGUCAAAUUCGUCCCAAUCUGGUGGUUUAUCAACAACAACAACCACUGGUGGACGUGGUAGUACAAACAACAAAUCAAACAAUACAAUGAAUAAUAAAAAGAUACAUCAUCAUUCAAACAAAUCAUCACAGCCGUCUCAAACAUCAUCAUUAUCGUCAAAUAAUAUGGUAUCGAAUAUGGAUUCAUCAUCAUCGUCGUCGUCGAACAACAUGACCAUUAAUAAUAAUAACAAUAGUAAUCAUGUGGCUGAUGAAUUUCGUAGUACUAAAAAUGAUAAAUUCCAGCCUACUGCAGAACAAAUGCGUAUUGCUAGCCUGAUGAGCGAUAAAAAAGAUGAUGAUCUGAAGCCAAAAAUUGAAAAGAUUGUUGAAUUGACCGGUGCAUCCCGAGAGGAUGCUGCCGUUGCACUAUAUGACUGUGACAAUGAUAUGCCAAAAGCAAUCGAAAUGAUUCUUGAUGGUGAAUCUUUAGAUUCAGAAUGGCAAUCGACCGGUAGAAAAAAACGCGGUAAAUCAACCGCAACAUCAUUAUCGGGUCCGAGUCAAUCAACGGCAGCUGACGUAUCGUCAGCAGUCGCAUCCACGACACUUACUAAUGGUCAACAGAAUAAUCGAAUGGAAAAAUCAAAUCGAUCCAAUAAAUCGAAUGCUGAUGGUAGUGGUCGCCAAAGUUUAAAAGGUCCUGGAGGUCGCGGUGGAUCGAUGGCUGGUAGAAACAAUAGUAACCGGAAAAAAGACUAUCGUGGUUCACAAUCGACGAACAACCAUCCUAAUCAACAAUCAAACGAUAAGGAUGGUGCUGAUGACGGUGGUGAUGUUUUCAAUACGGCCGCUGUUGCCGAUCGUAAAAGUAAUGGCGAACGUUCCAUUGGUGAAAGAGGAAGACGUGGUGGUGGACGAGGCGGUAGCCGUGGUUUAUCUCGGGGUCGUGGUGGUAUGGCCCGUGGAUCUCGUACAUUCAUGAAUCGUGGAAUGCAAAAUAACCAGAAUAGCGGAGGUAGUGGUGGUCAUCAUCAUGGUAGUGGUAGUGGUGGUGGUGGUAAUCAAAAUGGUCCAAAUCAAAUUUCCGAUGGAUUUCCUAAUUCGAUUGACACGUGGUCAAAUAAUGCCGUUGAAUCGACAUCAACAACCGGAUCAAACGUAACGGGAUCAGUGACUGGAAAACCAACGACAGAUGACCUUCAAACAAUGACCGUAGGUAAUUGGUCAGAUGUUGCGGCCAAUGAAGAUUGGACUGAAGAAGAUUGGACUCAACCAAUGGCAACAAAAGUGUUCACACCAAGUACCAAGGUUAUAUCGGAAAAAGAUGAAACAAACACGAUUAAUAAAUCAACAAUGAAUGAACAACAGCUACAACGUGGUGGUAUGGUAUAUAAUAACGCAAGUGGUGGAAUGGUGGUCGGUAAAUCACAAUCCAAUGAUCAGCAACAGCCGCCAACGAUGAGUUCGAUUAUUGCAUCGACGAAUAAUAUGCAAAAACAACAACCAAGACAGCAGCAACCACAAUCGCAACACCAAACAUCGGCUGGACAAGCAUUCAUACAGCAUGUAUCACAGAAUUCCAAUCUAAAUCAGUAUACAUAUUCAAGUCAAUUCUCGAAACAAGCAACCGAAAGUAUUAAAUCAUUAGUUGGUAUGCCAUCUGCUGCUGUUGGGACUACUUCUUCUGCCGCUGAUAAUGCUGCUGCAGUUGCACAAUCAAAUGCCGCAGCAGCAGCAAGAACAUUAGCGGCAGCGACGGCAAAAGUUCCGGCUAAUGUUCAAAUGUCAAAAAUGGUACAAGAUACGGCUGUUGAAAUGCCAUCAAAUGAUCCGAUCGCAAAUCUAUCGGUCCAUUUUGGUUCACUUGAAUUUGGUUCCAGCACUGGUUUUCCACUUGGUGCAACGGAUGGGUCGAUGUUUGAUACGACUACGGGUGGUAAAAAAACUAUUGAUACAACAAAACAAUCCAUGUCAUCAUUAUUACCGACGGCAGCAACGGAUCCAAAUGGAUCAGCAUCGAAUUAUCGUUCAUCCAAUUCCAAUCAAUCAGCUAAUAAAAUGAGUGGAGCCACUGGUACGGCGGGUCAAACAUUACAAACAUCACAAGUGUUACCACAUCAUCAACAACAUCAUCAUCAUUCCUUGAAUGAUUCGAUUCUUAAUGUCGCUGCUGGUGGUGCUAGUAGUGUUCAACAAGAUCAUCGUACAUCGAUGAUUGUGGAUAACAAAUCAUCGGCAACGGCAUCAUUGAAUGCCAAUAAUAAUAAUACUGUUGGUGGUGGUGGUGGUUAUAAUCAGAAAAAUGUUUUGGAACGAAAGUCAAACGAUUAUAUGUCACAAAUGUCAACGUAUAAAUCGAGCAAUUAUAAUCCAAACGUUGGUGGUAAUACAAUAGAUCAAACGAAUCCGUAUUCAUCAUCGACAAGUGUUGGUGGUUAUCAUCAACAGCAAUCCUCAAUGGCACAUCAAUAUGGUGGUAGUGUUGGUGUUGGUGGUUAUAAUCAUCAUCAAGUUGGAUUCGGUGCUAAUCAUCAUUCAGGUGGUAGUCAUAUGGCCAGUCAACAACAACAAACAGCAUUGAUGGCAAAUGCCGGUGGUUAUGUUCCAUAUGGUAAUCAAUCAUCAUCGGCCACUACUACCGGAGUAGUACAACAACAACAACAAAACCAAAAAGUGCUUCGUGAUAUGGAUAAUGUAAGCGGCGUCGGCGGUGGUGUUAAUAAUACCGUACAGCCUGUAAUAAGUUCAACGAAUAAAUAUGAUUCAAAUGCAGCAGUGGGAUCAUCAUCAUUGGGUCUUAUGUCCAGUUCAACAUCGACAACGAAUGCAAUCAAAAAUACCUUGUCAUCAAGUAAAGGAAUCCAUAAUGUGCCUCCAGGUGUGACAAAUUCGGCGGCUGCCGUACAGCAGCAACAACAACAGCCACAGGUGUUGAGCGCACCAUUUAUUGCAAUGAGUAAUCCAGCGAUGACAAUACCAACACAUUAUUAUCCGUAUGAUUUACAAUUUCCGGCUACUGCAGCACGUGAUCAUACCACUUAUUCACCGUAUGCAACCGCUACAGAUGUCAAAUAUAAUCGUAAUUCGGAAUCAGAUAUGAUGCCUGUAUCAUCACAAGCAGCAAAUGCAACAGCAGCAGCGGCUACACAAGCGCACAAUCCAUACUUUCCGGGUUAUGGUCUAUAUUUUAGUUAUGCUCAAGGACCAAUGUAUCCACCAUCACAUCCGGCGGCAUUAUAUCCGGUACAACAGGCGCAAAAUCCUGCCGUAGCAGCUGCGGCUGCCGCAGCUGCUGCCGCUAAUUCGCCAUUCGCCACUAAAGCUAAUACGACUGCCGCCGCUGCUAAUUAUGGAUCUCAUUCAUAUAAUUCGGCUGGAUAUGAUUCGAUGGGUAAUGCCGGUGGUGUUCCAACACAAGCUGAUUAUGCCACAACAUCGAAUAAACCGUAUCAACAACAGCAACAACAUAAACAAAUGACAACUGUUGGCGGCAAUGCUGGACAAAGUGUUGGUGGUGGUGGUGGCGGAGGAAAUGAUCUAUCAUCGACGGCUACAAAUAUGUACAGUAAAGCACAUCCACAAAUGAACAAAAGCUAUGAAAAACAAGGAUUCCAACAGCAAACGGCAGCAGCAGCCACACAUCAGCAGAUGAAUAGUUUACAUCAAUCAUCCUAUGCAAACAAUGCUUAUGCUAUGUUACCUCAACAUCAUCAUCAACAACAACCACAACAACAACAACAUCAAACAAUGCAUCAUUCAUUUGCUACCGUCGACCCAAUUACUCAACAAGCUGCCGGAAAUGUUGUUGGUGGUAAUCAACGUUCAUUAUCACAGCAGCAGCAACAACAACAACAACAACAAGCUCAUAAACAAAUGAAUUCAAAUCCUGUUGCCACUUAUAGUAAAUUUAAUUGGAAUUAAAUUUGAAAUCAGUGGUAUUCAAUUGAUUCGAAUUCCCCUUCUCAAAAAAAACACCAUAGAUAAUUCAACACAACCACACGCAUGAUUUAUAAUUCUUAUUCCUAGCAUUUUUGUUUCUUCACUUUACCGUAAUUUGUGCAUCUUUCCUACACACACACACACA